AUGGAUAGGGACAAGUUUCAAAGAGAAGACCUUUCUGGGGCUAAACAAGAUGAUUUGACACCUCUCCAAGCAGCAGCAUCCAAUGGUCGACUCGACGUUGUACAGGUUCUCAUUGGCCAAGGAGCAGAUAUAAAAAGUGCUAGUAAUGACGGCGUGACACCUCUUCAUGUGGCAUCACUCAAAGGUCACCUCGAUGUUUUUCUUAUUGGCCAAGGAGCAGUUCUGAAUAAGGUUGGUCGAGAUGGCAGCACACCUCUAGAAGUCGCAUCAAUCAAAGGUCACGUCGAUGUUGUACAGUUUCUCAUUGGCCAAAAAGCAGAUCUAAAUAGGGCUGGUAACGAUGGAAGCACACCUCUAGAAGCGGCAUCACUCAAAGGUCAUCUCGAUGUUGUACAAUUUCUCAUUGGCCAAGGAGCGAAUCUAAAUAGGGCUGGUAUUGGUGGGCGCACACCUCUCCAAGCGGCAUCAUUCAAGGGUCACCUCAAUGUUGUACAAUUUCUUAUUGGCCAAGGAGCAGAUCUAAAUAGGGUUGGUCGAGAUGGUAGCACACCUCUAGAAGUGGCAUCACUCAAAGAUCCAGUCGUUGGUUCAGAAAAGGAAAGCGGGAGUGUCGAAAAACAGGUGGAUAGCGAAGGAAACGUAGAGACCUCAAAAUCCGAACAGCUCAACAUAGACUCUGCAUCUUCUAAACAAUUCGUAGAAGUUUAUGAUUCCAUGGGGGAAUCCAAUCAGCAAUCAGGCUUGAUUCGCAUCGAGAAGUAUGGCAUUGAAGUCCAGUUUCAUCCAAGCGCCGACAGUUUUUCGUUGAUUGCUGCUUCCAAUGGUGACCCUCGAUGUGAUGUUAGAGAGCGAGACCUUGACCUCUAUAUCUCUCACUUCUCUGAAUGGUGGAUUGUUGCCUUCAUCACAAAGGUAUUCGUGGGCAAGCGUGUCAUCUGUACGCCUUUCGUACCCGAACCAAGCCCUAUGGACACUAAGCAUCUGUUGAGGCUCUGCAUUAGAGACAGUAACCAAGGGAAAGCGGAGGUAUGA